UAGGAAAUGGCCUGUGAGUCAGAGGGGCCGCGGAGCCGGCGGCACGGAGCCGGGGCGGCCCCGGGAAGGGACGGGCGCUGGGAGGGGCACGACAGCAGCUGGGGGGGGCCGUGAGAGCUGGAGCCAGUACCGGGGACAUAGCCCGCUAGCGCCGUGCCUCUUCACAGACUGAGCCCGAUCCACCCUUUGUCUGGGUUGGGGGCCAGCAGAGGGGAGGGGGACCCAGGAGGAGAAGCAACAACAUCAGCCGCGGUUCAUACACUUUGGGAACGGGGUGUCUGAAAGUGCUGUUCCCAUGGUGUUCUGGGACUUGUAGUCUUGUUUGGUGACGUGCCCAUGGCAUGCUGGGAGCUGCAGUCCUUGCAGUCCACACAGACUGGCACAGCUGUUUGACACCAGCUGGUGUUUCUGGGCUCCCACCUCCUGCACAGAGGUGCCUUCCAGGGACGGUCAAGUCCCCCUGAUCUGAACCCUGGGCCUUUUCAAUGGUCCGAUGGAUCCCAGCUUCACCUCACUUCGGGGAUAAGGUCUGGAAAGAGAGUAAACACAGCUGUCCUGGAAUAAAGAACCCACCUUCAGAGUUGAAGUUGUUUGUCGUCCCAUUUGAGCCAAGGAGCUGCCCGGGAUGGUGGCAGUGACUGUGCCAGUGGAGUGGGCAUGGGCCAGACUACCAGCUAGUGGACAAGAGCAGUUGGAAAGGGGGAUUAGAGAGCCAGGCAAGGGCCCCCCUGCAGCGUGAUGUGCCCAGGACCCCCAGCCCAGGCCCAAAGCAAAGGCCUCCUGGGGGAACUGCUCUGACUUGAGGGGAACUCCAUGCGCCACGUGCAGGUGGAACCAACUCCAUCCCCUGAACCUGGCCCCUCAGAGCCCCGAGCUGGGCAGGGGGGCCGGAGGGGUGGGCUGCUCAUGGGUUUCAGCCAAGCAGGAGGGACUGUGUCCCAGGGAGUCUACCAGGUGUCUGUCUUCUCCCCUCUGGCCAGCCCUCCUGAACCCCGUAGAGCCCUGAAGAGGCCAGGACCCCCUACUGAAGGUGUCCGUGAGGCAAAGCGAGGUCCAGGAAUAGUGGGCAGGGAAGGGCAGACCCUUGAAGAGCCAGCCACAGUAGAGCCAUUGGAUGCUGGGCUCAGCCUGGGGCUUGGAGGGGCAGGCCAGCACUUCUCACACCGUGGCCUCCAGGUUGUCGAACAUCGGGACAGCCCAAAUCCACCUGGGACUGCUGGGGCCUGGAUUUCCCCUGGGCCUCUACCACAUGCUUCCUAUAGCACUUUGCACACCAGAGACUGGGGCCCCCCAGAGCCUGGGGGAAAGGGGGGUCUGGGUGAGGCCCCUGGGCCAGUGGUACCUUCUGGCCAGCUGCACAUACUUGAUGCUGAUUUGCACAGUCUUGCACAGAAAGGGGAAGAGGACCCAGGACGUGAGAUGGGCAAUGGGAGCAGCUCCUGGCCUGGGGAACCUCCUGGCACUGCCAAUGGACACAGCCCUGAGCAUACUCCCCCAGGCCCAGCCCCCCCAGGGCCCUGUCCUGCCAAGCGGCGGCUGCUCCCAGCUGGAGAGGCCCCUGAUGCCAACUCUGGAGAUGAGGGACCAGCCCCCCGAAGGCACAGGGCAGCUCCUUCUGGCCCUCCCCCUGCUGCCCGAAGUACUGAUGCCAAAGCUGCGCCAUUCUGGAACCACCUGCUGCCCGUAUCCAGGGAGUCAAUGCAGGGAUUGGCAGACGGCAGUCCUACAGGGCGAAGGCUGAAAGGUGCCCGACGUCUAAAACUGAGCUCCCUACGAAGCUUCCGGAAGGGGCCAGGCCUGCUGAUCUCUCCCAGUGCCCCCCCUGUUCCUACCCUUGCCAUCAGCCGCACCCUGCUAGGCAAUUUUGAGGAGUCAUUGCUUCGAGGUCGAUUUGUACCAUCUGGCCACAUUGAGGGCUUCACUGCUGAGAUUGGGGCCAGUGGUUCUUACUGUCCCCAGCAUGUUACCCUGCCUGUUGCUGUCACCUUCUUUGAUGUCUCUGAGCAUAGUGCCCCUGCCCCCUUCCUGGGCGUCGUGGACCUGAACCCUCUGGGGAGGAAGGGCUAUAGCGUUCCCAAGGCGGGCACCGUUCAAGUGACCUUAUUUAACCCUAACCAGACGGUGGUGAAGAUGUUCCUUGUGACCUUUGACUUCUCGGACAUGCCUGCUGCCCAUGUGACCUUCCUUCGCCACCGACUCUUCCUGGUGCCUGUGGGUGAGGAGGGCAGCGUGAGCCCCACUCGCCGCCUCCUCUGCUACCUGCUGCACCUCAGGUUCCGGAGUUCUCGCUCUGGCAGGCUGUACCUACAUGGGGACAUCCGCCUCCUCUUCUCCCGCCGAAGCCUGGAACUAGACACAGGGCUCCCCUAUGAGCUGCAGGCCUUGACAGAGGCCCCCCAAAAUCCUCGUUAUUCACCUUUGCCCUGACUUCCCUGAUAAUUUCAGGCCUUUCCAAGGACACUGGCCUACUCCAUCUUGGACUCAGUGGGCCUGGAGAGAGAGGCAGGUCCUCCAGGCCUGAAUUAAAGGGACAGCUAUACUCAAGGCUGAAGUAUUGACCAUUUGGUGUUUGGAACUCCUGUUCUCCAUCUUCCAGCUAAUUAAUGCCCUGCUCCAGGUUCACACACACUGUCUCCCCUCCCUUUUGGCUUCCCAGCCACUACCCUUGAUGGUGAAGAAGAGAAAUUUCCCUGAUGUCUGGAGUUGUAGGGGGUGGGGCCUUCUCCAUGUUCUGUAGACGUUGGGAACACAGGCCUAUCACCCUUCACUCAACAUUCCCUUCCCAUCCUGGGUGGGGGCCACCUCUUGUUUUAUUUAUUGUUAAUUUAUAAUUUAUUCAGUUGGGAUGGCUUUGUUGACCUCCAAAACCUGAGAAUUGACAUUGUUCCACCCAUCUCAGAUACUGCCCUAACCUCCAGUUUUCAGCAGACUGAUCUCUGUUAAGGGGAAUAGAGCUGCCCUCUCUUAGUUAGGGGCAGUGAGGCUAGGAGGAAGAGGAGAGUAUAGCAGAAUGGUAUAGGGGUGGCCUUACUCCAUGUGCCUGAGGGCCAGAGUAGAGGUGUUAUCCUGAAGAGACUGGGUCACUAGCCAAAGACCUAGUUUUCCUACUUCCUGUUCUCCCUUCCCUUGCCCCAUGAUGCCUGCCAGAAACCAAAUGUAUGUUGUGUGUUAAGUGUGUGUGUAUGUAUGCAUGUGUAUGUGUGUAGUAAUGAGGGUGAAGGUGGGCUCUACACUCUAACGUGCUCCUCCCCCUCCAUCAUCUGCUUCUCCCAUCCUUGGAGUCCUGAGUGAAGAGUGUGUGUGUGUGUGUGUGUGGAGGUUGGAGCAGAAGAGGCAUGGCUAGGGGAGCAGAGUCAGGGCCAAGAACUAGGGCUCUCCUCCUUCCCACCUCUUGCCUGGGGAGAGGCAGAGCUCUGGACUCUGACCCGCCUACCUCAGCUUGGGGGAGGAAUGGCCCCUGCACAUUUGUGUUGUGGUUGCUGUGGUUCCUGGCUGUUUGUUCCCCCUGGACUGUACCCUAUCCUGGACCCUGACCCAGCCCCAGCCCUGCCUCCUGGGGAUGAGUUUAGGGGAACAAGCAUUUGCAGAAACUUGAAAAUCAGAGGAAUAAAUUGUACCUGGUACUUUUCUUAAAAAAAAAAAAGAAAAAAGAAAAGAAAAAGAAAUUUAAUAAAUUUUUGUUUGGAAACAUGA